CAUCUCCGUGACUUGGAACUUACUCCAGAUGCGGGGCAGUACGUGGAUGCCCUCGUAGACAUCGCAGAUGCACUCGGUGUCGACGAUCUUUCAUAUACCUCAUACUCCUCCGCAAUCGAUGCGCUCGAAGAGGAUUAUGCGCAAGCCGCCUGUUCUUCUAUCAAAAUGCAGUAUGCUGAGGAACAGCUCAUGGAGAUGCUCGCGUCUACUCUCCAUGAAGAUCACCUCCUUGAAGAGUGGCUACGACGGUUGGAAUCAACGAGUACCGGUGACACUGUGUCUAGCCUGGAGAGACAGAAGGCAGCGCUCUUGGCUAAAGGCAAAGAGUACCAGAGGGAGUUUGAUGACCUCAAGCACGACAUGCCAGAGGAACCACCCGUGACGAUCUCGGACCUGGUCGCGCUCAGGAAACAGCUGAAAAGGGAGGAACAGGCCUUGAAGGAGAAGAGGGCACGUGUCGAAACUUUCCAAGGACUUCCCCCGAACAUCGAACUUGCGCGGCACGCCCUGCAGGAGAGGCGAGACGCACAGAUGAAGUUAAUACAGAUUAGAGAAAAACUGUUAGGAGAGAUGGCUUCUGGUGUCAAUUGA